CAGAAAAGUAGAAACGCCGUUCUCUCAUCCUCGAGGGACAGAAAGAACGAGAGUGAGGGGGAAAGAGAAGCAAGACCUAGAUUAGGGAUCCGCGCUGCCGCCCGACCCCCAUCCCACCCCCUCCCCGCCGGCCAUGGCUCUCUUCCCUGACUGGGUUAUGCUGGACCGCUUCGUGGUCCGCCGGGACGACCUUGACGUGGACGACUCAACCGUGGCCUCCGGCAGCGGCUCCGGGGAGCACGUGUUCCACGUCGGAUUCCAGCUCCACGCGCCGCCGCGGGUGUCCCGCAUCCUCCUGCGGGUCGACGCCGGCGCGUCGUCCUUCAACAACUUCCACGUUGUCGCCGCCCACCGCGACGCGUUGCUCCUUCAGAUGUCAUACCUCAUCGAGGCGCGCCGCGGCCGCACGCUCCGCAAGUACGGGAUGAUCGACUUCUUCCUCUACAGAGCAGCCGGUACCGAUGGCUCGUCUCGGCCGUCGCUCGAUCUUCUCCCCGCUGUUGACGGCACCGAGGCCGAGGUCCGGGCCCGGAUCGAGGCGGAGGGCUUCGUCUGGACGAACCAGCGCGAACGGAGGGCCAAGGGCUUGGAUCUCGGCGUCGUGCGCCGUGGCGAGAAAGAGUUUGCAGUCGCCGAGCUCCAGGUCAGCUGUUCUAAGGAACCAUCAGAGCUCCACGUGUUUUGCCCGACCAAAUCGAGCCAGUGGGAAAUCAAGCAGCCACCGCUCAUACCCGUGGGUUGUGCGGACGAUUUUUCCUUGGAGCGGUUGCUGUUCUACUGGAAUGCGGACAAGGUCGUCACAUUUGGGAGCUCCCUCUGCUGGAUAGAUUACUGCUAUGGCAUCAUUUUCUGUGAUGUGUUCGAUGACAGCCCAGUGCUCUACUACAAGGAAUUCCCUUCAAAAGUGCCCAAUCUGUAUGACAACUGUCAUGGUACUGGAUGGGUUGAUGCCUACCAGACCGUCGGUGUUACCAGCUGCGGCUCCCUGAAGUACGUCACAGUUGUGCGCGGUGAUGGCAAGAUUCACGGAGAGUUCACAGAGUCUUCUGGUUUCACCGUCACCUCCUGGACUCUAAAGAGAACAGAAGUGAAUAAGAUGGAGUGGGAGAAGACUGAUGAGGCUACGUCCGAUGAUCUCUGGCGUCUUGAUGGUUUUCAGAAUCUCCCGCGCAUCCCGUUGCGGUUUCCUCACAUCAGCAUUGACGACCCCAAUGUUGUUUGCUUUGUGUUGAGGAGGAGGGUUGAAGGGAAGUGUUACCGCGAGACUUGGCUAGUUUCUGUUGACUUGAGCAGCAAGGCAGUUAAGGCUUCCCACCCAUAUAGCAAUCCAGAAUUAGAAGAAACGGAUAUCUCUUGCGAGACUGACUUUUCAAAAUCAAAGUACUGGUACUUCGAGUCUUUUCUUCCCACCGAGUUCACCAAGUACAUGAAUCUGCUUAGCACCAGGACCGACCUUCAUAGUGAGCCAAAACCUAGAAAGAGGAAGUUCAUGGAAGGGAGCAAAGAGUUAGAGCUCACAGGAUAAUGUAGGGCGAUAAUUCUGCAAACAUCCAAAUUCGAUGGAGACAAACAUCAAAACUGCAUGCAUGAUCACUGCAAAAGCUGAAAUUGCAAUUAUGUUUUAAUGUAAACUUUAUAUAUUUUCCACUUUGCAAUGUAUGCGAGAUGAAAAUGUUUAGCUUUGUCUGUUUAUUUCUUAAAUUAGUCACUGAACUUGAUAGAGAUUCCAUCACACUGACAAAGAACUUAUGGGUGCACCAUGCUAAGAAACACCUCAUGAAUAUCUUUAUGAUCUGAAAUUUGGUUUUGCUUC